GCCCCUCAUGUCUCAGACCUCAUCAUUUUGUCAUUUCUCCAGGGAAGCCCCUGUCUGCCUCCAGGGAUCAUGGAAAUGGAAAUGAAGGGCCUCUCCCAAACACACUCAUCUCCCCAGAGAUGCUCACCAGAAAGGCAUCAUUAUUUUCAGUAACUGGCAACUGGGGCAAAGUUUCUCAAACUAUGAUUAGCUCCCCAGUGUGCAGUGUCACUGUUACUACAGGUGACAUGAUAACUGCAGCCCUGUGGGGAGGUGAGGUCACAGGAUCACAAAGCAUAUCUCUCAGACCUGGCUGCCCCCUCCCACACACUCACUGGCUGUGCUGACCUGAUUGUGAUCCCUGAGCCCAUCAGCACUGGAAGGAACUCAGGAUUCUCACACUGAAUGAGAUUGUCAGUUAUUGGAAGAUAACAAAUGGCCUCCAGGGAUGUGGCAAUAGGAAUGAUCUUUUUAUCUCAGACUACGGUUGGAUUGCUGGGGAAUUUCCUUCUUCUUUUCCAUUACAGUUUCCUUUAUUACACCAGAGGCACUUUAAGAUUCACAGAUUUGGUUCUUGAGCACCUCAGUGUAGCCAACUUCUUGGUCAUAUUCUCCAAAGGAGUCCCACACACAGUGACAGCUUUGGGGUUGGAACAUAUAUGGAAUGACUUUGUGUGCAAACUUGUUUUCUAUGUUCACAGAGUGGGCAGGGGUGUGUGCAUGGGCACCACCUGUCUCUUGAGUGUCUUCCAGGCCAUCACCAUCAGCCCCACAGGCUCCAGGUGGGCACAGCUGAAACAACAAGCUCCUCAAUGCAUUGGGCCCAUCAGUAUCCUGUGCUGGAUACAGAACAUGCUGGUAAAUACCAUUAUUCUUCAGGCUGUGACUGGCCAGGAGAACAGGAGAAACAACACAAGGGACAAGGUUUUGGGAUACUGUACUCUAUUAGAUUUUGACAACACUAUUUUGGGAUUUAUACAUAUUAUGUUGUUUUCAUCCUAUGAUGUUUUGUGUUUGGGACUCAUGACCUGGGCCAGCGGCUCCAUGGUUUGCAUCCUGCGCAGGCACAAGCAGCAGGUGCAACACAUUCAUAGCACCAACCUCUCCCCCAGAUCCUCCCCUGAGUCCAGAGUCACCCAAAGCAUCCUUGUCCUGGUGAGCACCUUUGUGUCAUUUUACACCCUCUCCUCUAUCUUUACAUUAUUGCUGACCUUUUUUCCUAAUCCAGGUUUGUGGCUGGUGGACACCUCUGCACUCAUGGCUGCUUGUUUUCCUGCAGUCAGCCCCUUUCUUCUCAUGGGCCGUGACCCCAGGAUACCCAAAAUCUGCUCUGCCUGCUGCGGAAGAAAUACAAUAUUCUCUAAGCUAAUACAAUGACUGUAAAUUUUAGGUAGUUUUUCAUGAUUCACUAUGCACUGUGCAGUCAUUUAUUCUUUUCUUGCAGAGGUUCAACCACCACAGUGGUUAUGUGAUCAGUCACAUAAGAGACAGUGUGUGAACCCAGAUCUAGACCCUGCCCUCCUAGGAUUUAUCACAUGGUAUCGAUAGUAGA